AUGCUGUCGAGUUCAAGCCCAUUGCAACCCAGGAGUGAGUACCUAAACAGCUUCAAUCACUACUGUAUUCUGAUCAACACCAGCCACAAACGCCUUACUCAGCAGAAGAAACAGCGGGAUCGGGAGAAAAAGGAGCUCGAAACGCUCGGAAGGAAGCAUCUUGCCAACGUCCGAGUCGUCCAAAGGAAUGUCGUCUACGUCGUUGGGAUCGGCCCUCGUUUUGCCAAGGAAGAACUUAUCCCAACGCUCCGAUCGAACGAGUAUUUUGGACAGUACGGCAAGAUUUCCAAGAUCUUGAUCACCAAGCGUACGCCCCCAGGUGGCAAUGGACCCGUCGUCGGGCUCUACAUCACAUACCACAGACGCGAGGAUGCGGCUCGUGCGAUAGCAGCUGUCGACGGUGCGCCUUCACCCGGCGGUGGCAGGGAGAUAAUGAGAGCCAGUUACGGGACCACCAAAUAUUGUAUGGCGUUCCUUCGGAACGUUACCUGCAAUGAUCAUAAUUGCAUGAACCUGCAUGAAUGGGGGGAUGAAAAGGAUUGCUUCACUAAAGAAGAUCUUACCACCUUGAAACAUACCAUGAAGACUACCGAAACCCGGUCAAAGACUGCAUCCGCCAAAAAGGAGGAUGACGGUAGGCUCAACCAAUCUUCUUUCCCCCCUUUACUCAAGGAGGUCGACGCAGCCGCAAGUUUGCCUCGUGCCGCUUCAUGGGGUCAGAAGAGCGGUGCAGUGUCCUCAUCCUCCUCCGGGACCGUUACCCAUACUGUGAUUUCCGGUGGGCUACCUCGCGGUACUCGUCGUACUACCACAACUCGUCAAACCCGACAUACCGCUACUUCCAGCCAGACGUCUGCGACUGCGCGGAGUGUGGCAGAGAAAAAGGUGGUUCCUCCAACCAACGUUUCGACGUCCCGACCCUCGACGCCGGCCAACACCUCAGCAUCACCGGCGCCAGCCCCUACAGUUUCAGAGGCCAAAGCAUCACGGGCCAAAAAGGAUGCCGUGUCGUUGGUGCGGGAAACAGCGUCGCCAGCGCCGUCAGCUGCGACAGAAUCGGAUGCUGCAUCUGUGCAACCAGAGCCUCAAGACCAGCAGGAGUCCAAGGAACAACCGGAGCAGCCAGCGCAGGCAGAGCCUGUUUCGCGUCCGACAUCGACCGGAUCAGUUCAACCGGCCCCUCAAGAGGUCGUCCCAAUCCCCAUGGUCCCCCCUGGUCUCUCUGCACCUCCUGGUAUUCCUUCACCCAGCCGUCCUCCCAGAACAGCGACCGAUUCUCCGCAAACUCCGCUCCUGGCUUCAGCGUCGUCAUAUCAAAUGUCUACUGCAGCCAAGAUUUUGCUUGACGAUGUUCAAGCUCGACGACAAUCCACCGUCGCUACGACUGGUAUCAGCCCUUUCCCAGAUUUCGACAGAACGCUUCAGACGCUUAGUGAAAGCGAUGGGGGCUUUAGUUUCAAUCUCGAUCCAAAGUUGGCCGGUGGAGCAGACAGUACAGACGUCCUGGCCGAGUUCGAAGCUGAAGCCAGCACCCCCUUCCAUGGAACGUAUUUGCAGGCAUUCCCUGCCUUGCAAAUAGGGUCCAGCGUGCCAGCCCCGCCUGGAUUGGGAUAUCCUGGACAUCGUUCUAUAUUCACUCCCGCACCUCCCCGUACGAUACAGCCCUCGCCCUUGAGCUUGUCUCAUUAUAUGGGUUCCUUCAAUCCAUUCUCGGAAUCUACAGAAGAACCAAACGCAUCUGCUUCGGUACAGCCUUCGCACCCGGAUGAUGAUCGCAAGGUUUCGAGAUUUGGAUUUGCUCGAGGUCGUCAGGGGACAUCCAGUAUCACCUCAUCGCCUGCUCUGAAUGGGACCCAUUCUCCCCAGUCAUCUCAUGCUUCUUCAGUCCCUCCACUCGGCCUAGAUAAUCUUUCGCAGUCCGAUUCGCACUCCCGCUGGCCUACUCCUUCCCACCCAUAUGGUCUGCACCAUAUGCAAUCUUCCAUGCAGUCCCCUCCUGUUGAAGGUCAGGUCAAUCCUGGUACUCGGUUCCAACCUUUCGAAGCGGAACUGGGGGAAGCGCAGCUUCGCGAGUUCAUUCAAGCUAGUCGAGAAAGAGAGCUACAGAAGGCCGCGCUCGCAAACCACCAAAGCUUCAAAUCGCAUCAACCGUUCUCCGACCCUGCUAUCAUGUCGGCAAGCUAUGGGCCUCCACCCGACACCAUGUUCUCGCAAGUGUCUUAUGGUCCUCCACCUGGACUUUCGAUGCCCCCUGCUAUCCCCCCGGGUCUACAUAUGCAAAACAGUGGGAUGGUGGCGGCAUCGGACUCAGCUGGGGAGGGAGGUCUGUGUACCAAGCGCCGCUUUCAAUCCACUGAUUCUCCGUUCCUUUCUGUGGACCUGGUAGCCUCUCCGUCGGCACCGUCGGCACCGUCUCCUGUACCCUCACUCUCUGCUGCGGAUUUUCCUGCUCUGGUUUCGAGCGCCCCUAAAGAGGAAUCGUCGGCUCUGGCAACAGCCUCCCUUGUUCAAAGCAAGGCCCAAGAAAAGGCAGCUCGAAAAGCGGCUAAGAAGGCGGAGAAACAGGCAGAGAAGGAGAGAGCGAAGUUGGCGCGAGAGAAGGCAACUGCUACGCUAGCGCGAUCUAUGGAAGACACGCCUUCCGAAAGCACGAUACCAUUGCACACCAAUAAGUCUUCAAAGGGUCAGCAAUCCAAUGCAAAACCUGAAAUCCCUACUGCCACCGUCGAACCCAAAGCUGAAGCGGCAACGACAGCAAGUACCAAACCGGCCAAGGCUGAGGAGAGGCUGUCCAAGAAAGCCAGAGAGAAAGGGAAGGCCCGUGCUAAGGCUGCUGCUAACGAACCUAGUAGGACUGUUGCAGCUACUGAGGCACAGCCUAAGCAAGCGGCCCGCCCCAAACCACCCCUUGCACCUGCACCAAUCGUACCCGAGAUCAGCCCUGAAGUUCAAGUCCCGAUCUUGUCCAAAAAGCCGAAGAAGAACAAACCUGUCACCCGGGUACAUAAACCGUUGCGAGACGAACCCGCUUACGACGAUAGCUCGCGCACAACAACAGGUGGCGAGGGCAGUUCAGCCUCUAUGACCAACACCCCGAAGGUCGACACGCGAUCGCCUUCCAAGACUCCGGAUGUCAUUCGCCGCUUGUCCUUGGAGGAGUUGUUGGAACAAAUCACUCAACUUCACCCUCCGAUGGAUCUCGCUAGCCAUCCUUUCUUCGACUUACAGAGGCUCGGGUCGAUCGCUAAAAUGCCUUUGGAAUAUGAACCGCUUGUCCAUGCGUUGUCUGCACUCUCUGUUGGAGGAGGGUCUUUCGCCAACAAUGUUCCUUCUGGGUCCAUCGACACUGCCGUCACAUCGUUCCAACAACUUCUCGAAACACUUACUCAAACGAUCUCUGACCUCUUGCGCCUCCUCCCCCGCACCACCUGGGAUGAUAGCUCGUCCUUUGAUGGUGUUUUGCGGGACAUGCUCAAGGGUGACGACUUUUUGGAUGAAACAGGGGAAGCAGGACAGGAGAGGGACGACGAGGUGGCGGCAUUAACGCUGGCAUUGGAACGCAGGGCACGGUGGAUGGAAGUUCAGCUUUCGAAACUCGAAGAGCUUCACCGGGAUAUCAACAACGCAGCCGUUCGUGCCGUCCUUUCCUUCAACGACAAUGGCUGGGAUAAGGAAGGCUUCCUUCCGCGAUGCGGUGAUACUUUGAGCAAGUUUGACGAACUUACCUCGCGUCCAAUGACAGUUGAAGAGUUGGAAAAGAAGUUGGCGGUGGCUAAAGAGGCGGCGGCUUUUGCCGAGGCAGAGGUUAGAGAGUCCAUGAACAAGCUACAGUUCGUCAAGGAGUUCGACAAUGGUUUCUUGUAG